AUGGCCAGCUACACGGCCGGACGGGUCCCUGCCUUUGUGUCCUUGGGGAUGGUGGUGGUAGACGAGCUUCGCUCGCCUGGAAAGACGCCACGAACAAACAUUCCUGGAGGCUCUGGCACCUUUUCCACCUUUGGCGCCCGUCUUGUCAGCGGCAGGGACCAGGCCGCAGAUGUCGGCUGCUUCAUCCUAGCCGGAAGUGACUUUCCGCAGUCUGUGUUGGACCGGCUGGAAGAAUGGGACAUUGACCUGACUGUCAAAGUCGAUCCUACCCGACUCUCGACCCGUGGCCUGCUCGAGUAUCACGAUGCCGCAUUCAGCAGGAAGACCUUUCACUACACGACGACGCCGCUCCAGCCCACGCCCAAGGACCUGCCGCUGCCGCUGCUGGCCGCCUCGUCCUUCCACCUACUGGCAGGUCCGGCCGACUUGGAGAGGCAGGUCGGAGAGCUGCUCCGGCUGCGGUCACAGUCACGUGAUACAUCAGAGAGACGUCCGCUGCUUGUGUGGGAGCCGCUGCCGAUCCAGGUCAGCGCGGCGGCCAGAGAGGCCCAUCUGGCCGCCUGCAGGCUCGUGCAUGUAUUCUCGCCCAACCAUCUGGAGCUCAUCAUGCUCUUCCAGGGCCCCGUGUCGCCGGAAGAGGCCGACGAUGCAGCCUUCCGGACGGACCUGGUCGAGGCGUACGCAGACGCCGUUCUCGACGCCGGCAUCGGCCCCGAUGGCAACGGCACCAUUGUCGUUCGUGCUGGCAGCCGCGGCUGUCUCGUGUCCUCGACUCAGAUCCACGGCCGUCAUCGCUGGCUGCCGGCCGUCUCGUUUGCCCACGGCAGCCGGCGCGCCGUCGUAGAUGCGACCGGCGCCGGAAAUACGUUUCUCGGCGCGCUCACGUUCGCCAUGGCCUCGCACGACCACGACGUCUUGGUGGCUGCCAGACAGGCCACCGUUGCUGCCAGCUUUGCCAUUGAGCAGAUCGGCCUGGCCACGCUCGAGAGGCCGGCCGAUGGACAAGAAGAAGAACGGUGGAAUGGCCAGACGUUUGGCGAGCGUUUCAAGACACACGAGAGCAUGCAACUUCUUUGA